AUGGAGGACGAAGAGAGACAGAAGAAGCUGGAGGCCGGCAAAGCGAAGCUUGCCCAGUUUCGACAAAGGAAAGCUCAGUCUGAUGGGCAGAAUCCUUCUAAGAAACAGAAAAAAAAGAGGAAAACCUCAAGCAGUAAACAGGAUGUGUCAGCCUAUCAUGGCAUGAAUACUGAUCAAUCACAGACUGAUGACAUGUACAUAAAUAGUUCUCAGGAAGUAGGAUCAGCCGUGACUGCUGAAUCCAUAGUGAUGAGAACUUUACACACUGGAGAGAUAAUCAAGCGUGACCAGGUCUUCUCUGUUGAGCCGGAAAGUGAAAUUUCAACCACAGCAGAUGAUUAUAGUUCAGAGGUAAAUGGUUGCAGUUUUGUGGUGAGAACAGAAAAGUCUACAAAUUUAUUAAUGGAAGAAGAAUUUGGUAUUGAUGAUUCAUAUUCUGAGCAUGGAGCACAAUAUACUCAGACUCAUCUAGAAAUGAUGGAAAAUGAAUUGGCUGGGAAACAGCAUGAAAUUGAAGAGCUAAACAGAGAACUAGAAGAAAUGAGGGCCACCUGUGGAACUGAAGGACUACAACAGUUACAAGAAUUUGAAGCUGCCAUUAAACAAAGAGAUGGUAUCAUAACCCAGCUCACUGCUAAUUUGCAGCAGGCAAGAAAAGAAAAGGAUGAGACAAUGAGAGAAUUUUUAGAAUUGACAGAACAAAGUCAAAAAUUACAGAUUCAAUUCCAACAUUUACAGGCUAGUGAAACUCUGAGAAACAGCACUCAUAGUAGCACAGCUGCAGAUUUACUGCAAGCAAAACAGCAAAUCCUCAGUCAUCAGCAACAGCUGGAAGAACAAGACCACCUAUUAGAAGAUUAUCAAAAAAAGAAAGAAGGUUUCAAAAUGCAAAUUAGUUUCUUACAAGAGAAAAUUAGAGCAUAUGAAAUGGAACAAAAUAAAGUAGAAAACUCUACUAAGAAAGAAAUACAGGAAAAGGAGACAAUCAUUGAAGAAUUAAAUACAAAAAUAAUAGAAGAAGAAAACAAAACUCUUGAGCUAAAGGAUAAACUAACAGCUGCUGAUAAACUACUGGAAGAAUUACAGGAACAGGUUGUACAAAAGAACCAAGAGAUAAAAAACAUGAAAGUGGAGCUGAGUAAUUCUAAACAAAAACAAAGACAGUGUUCUGAGGAAGUGAAACAGUUAAUGGGGACGGUUGAAGAACUUCAAAAGAGAAAUCAUAAAGAUAGCCAAUUUGAAAAUGAAAUUGUACAAAGAAUGGAACAAGAAACACAACGAAAGUUAGAACGACUCCGGGCAGAGCUGGAUGAAAUGUAUGGGCAGCAGAUAGUGCAGAUGAAACAAGAGUUAAUAAAGCAGCACAUGUCACAAAUAGAGGAACUUAAAACACGACAUAAGGGAGAAAUGGAGAAUGCUUUAAGGUCGCAUCCAAAUAUUACAGUUAAUGAAGAUCAAAUAAAGUUAAUGAAUGUGGCAAUAAAUGAACUGAAUAUAAAGUUGCAAGAUACUAACUCUCAAAAGGAAAAAUUUAAGGAAGAGCUAGGAGUAAUUUCAGGAGAAAAGUCUGCUCUACAGAGACAACUUGAAGACCUAUUGGAUGAAUUAAGCUUUUCAAGGGACCAAAUUCAGAGAGCUAGACAGACAAUAGCUGAUCAUGAAAGUAAACUCAAUGAAGCAUAUAAGUCUCUUGGUACUGUGGAGGAUUUGAAAGCCGAGAUUGUUUCUGCAUCUGAAUCGAGGAAGGAACUAGAAUUAAAACAUGAAGCAGAGGUCACAAAUUACAAGAUAAAACUUGAAAUGUUAGAAAGAGAAAAGAAUGCUGUGUUAGACAGAAUGGCUGAAUCCCAAGAAGCUGAAUUAGAAAGGCUAAGAACACAACUUCUGUUCAGUCAUGAAGAAGAACUUUCCAAACUGAAGGAAGAUUUAGAAAUCGAACAUCGAUUAAAUGUUGAAAAACUUAAAGAUAAUUUAGGGAUUCACUAUAAACAGCAGAUAGAUCGGUUAGAGAAUGAAAUGAGUCAGAAAAUAGAAACCAUGCAGUUUGAAAAAGACAAUUUGAUAACUAAGCAAAAUCAAUUAAUUUUGGAAAUUUCUAAGCUAAAAGAUUUACAGCAAUCUCUUAUGAAUUCAAAAUCAGAAGAAAUGACUCUUCAGAUCAACGAACUUCUAAAAGAAAUUGAAAUACUCAGACAAGAAGAAAAGGAAAAAGGUACUCUUGAACAAGAAGUUCAGGAAUUACAACUUAAAACUGAAUUAUUGCAGAAACAAAUGAAAGAAAGAGAGGAUGACCUUCAAGAAAAAUUUAUACAACUUGAAGCAGAGAAUAGCAUUCUUAAAGAUGAAAAGAAAGCUCUUGAAGACAUUUUAAAAAUAUAUACUCCUGUUAAUCAAGAAGAAAGAUUCAUUUUCAUGGACUCCAGCAAUUCUAAAUCUAUAGAUAGUAGCUGGCAAAAGGAAAUAGAUACACUUACAGAGGAAAACAAAAACCUCAAAACACAAUGUAUUCAGCUAAAUGAAGAGAUUGAAAAACAAAGGAACACUUUUUCAUUUGCUGAAAAAAACUUUGAAGUUAACUACCAAGAGUUACAGGAGGAGUAUGCUUGCCUUCUCAAAGUGAAAACCGAUUUAGAGGACAGUAAAAACAAACAAGAAGUAGAGUAUAAAAGUAAGCUUAAAGCACUUAAUGAGGAGCUUCAUCAUUUGCAGAAAAUAAAUCCAACUACAGUAAAAAUCAAAAGUUCAGUCUUUGACGAUGAUAAAACUGUUACAGCAGAAAUGAUGGAAAUUGGUGAGGUGGUUGAGAAAGAUACCACAGAACUUAUGGAAAAACUUGAGGUCACCAAGCGAGAAAAAUUAGAACUAUCAGAGAGAUUGUCUGAUCUUUCUGAACAAUUAAAACAAAAACAUGGUGAGAUUAAUGUUCUAAGUGAAGAAGUUAAAUCUUUAAAGCAAGAGAAGGAGCAAGUUUUACUGAGAUGUAGAGAGCUAGAAAUCAUAAUCAAUCAUAACAGGACAGAGGAUGUAAAUGUGUUUAGUGUUCAGUCAAGUUCUUCUAAAGACAAAGUUGUGACUAUGACAAACGAGGAUUCUAGAGAGCCGCUUUGUAAAAUAAAUAAAGGUUUUGGUGAAGAAUCAAAAGUAAUGGAAGAAGAGAAAAUACCUUUUGAAAAUAGGACUCUUGGGAAAGAAAGCCAGCAGGAACAAUUAUUUUUGGAUCACUUGCCACCAGUGACAAAUGAAUCAGUGCUUGAGGCAACUGAACUUGGUGAAAAUAAACUUCAGCAGGAACUCAGUGUGCUUAAAUCAGAGCAGAAUGAUUUAAAGCUACAGAUGGAAGCCCAACGCAUAUGCCUGUCUCUGGUUUAUUCAACUCAUGUGGAUCAGGUUCGUGAAUAUAUGGAAAAUGAAAAAGAUAAAGCUCUUUGCAAUCUUAAAGAGGAACUUAUUUCUGCUCAAGAAGAAAUGGUCAAGGAACUUCAGAAAAUACACCAGUUAGAGCUACAGAAUAUAAAAACACAAGAAACAGUAAAAAAUUGUAUUGAUAUGUCCAUUUUCUUUUAUUCAUAUAACGUAGAUGUCAAUCAUAAAAACAAGUUAUCUUCUCUGCAAGAUAUCAAAAAAAUUAAACAACUGGAAGAGCAAAUUCAAGAAUUAGAAAACUUCACAUCCUCUUUGCAGCAGCAAUUGAAAGAAGCUGAAGAAAACUAUGGAGCAGAGAUACAUUCUUUGCAGAAGAGGCUUCAGGUUGUUAGCGAGUCCUCUCUUCAGCCAAGUGUCUCUGUUGAUUCGCUGGUAAUUGCUGAAUCUGAUGUACGGAAAACAGUUUACCCUGGAAAUUGUCUUCAACAGAAUAUUGAUGGUACCAUAGAGUUUUCUGGUGAAUUUGGAGUAAGACAGGAAACGAAUAUGAUUAAGUUGCUGGAAAAGCAGUACCAAGAACGAUUAGAAGAGGAAGUAGCUAAGGUCAUUGUGUCAAUGAGUAUAGCAUUUGCUCAACAGACUGAACUGUCUAGAAUGUCUGGGGAAAAAGAAGAUACCACACCGUCAAAACAGCCUCAUGUUCUCUGUCAGCAAGAAGGACAAAAUUUUUUAAAUGAAAUAAAAUUAUCACAAGAUCAAAUUGAUUUUCAGACUUUUGAGAAAACAAACAUAUUUAAAGAAGAAUUUAAACCACUUAGUAAAGAGUUAGAAGACGGAAAGCAAGUUCCAUUAUCAAAUAAUAGUAAUCUUGAUGAAAUCCUGCAAUCAAAGGACCAUGAACUGACUAUUUCAGAAGAAAUAUUCUCCAAAGAUAAAACAUUUAUAUUUGGAGAAUCUAUCCAUGAUGAGAUUUUGGUGUCAAACAUGGAUGCUUCUAGACAGCUAAUGUUAAAUGAAGAACAGUUGGAAGAUAUGAGGCAGGAGCUUGUAAGGCAGUACCAAGAACAUCAACAAGCAACAGAGCUGUUAAGGCAGGCACACAUGCACCAAAUGGAGAGACAGCGAGAAGACCAGGAACAACUACAAGAAGAGAUUAAGAGACUUAAUAGGCAAUUAGCCCAGAGAUCCUCAAUAGAUAAUGAAAACCUGGUUUCAGAGAGAGAGAGGGUGCUUUUAGAGGAGCUGGAAGCCCUAAAGCAGCUGUCUUUAGCUGGAAGAGAGAAGCUGUGUUGUGAGCUGCGCAACAGCAGUACGCAAACACAGAAUGGGAAUGAGAACCACGGGGAAGUUGAAGAACAGACCUUUAAAGAAAAGGAAUUGGACAGAAAACCGGAAGAUGUGCCUCCUGAUAUUCUGUCCAAUGAAAGGUAUGCACUACAGAAAGCUAAUAACAGACUUCUAAAGAUCCUCUUAGAAGUUGUAAAGACAACAGCAGCUGUUGAAGAAACAAUUGGUCGCCAUGUUCUUGGCAUUCUCGAUAGAUCUAGUAAAGGACAGUCAUCUGCCUGCCUGAUUUGGAGGUCAGAGGCAGAAGCACCUAUCAAGUCAUGUGUCCAUGAGGAACACACAGGAGUUACAGAUGAAUCCAUAACCUCUUAUUCUGGAAGCGAUAUGCCAAGAAAUGACAAUAGCAUGUGGUCAAAAGUAACUGAGGAAGGAACAGAGUUGUCACAGCGGCUUGUGAGGAGUGGUUUAACUGGAACAGAAAUAGAUCCUGAAAAUGAAGAACUUAUGCUGAAUGUUAGUUCUCGGCUACAAGCGGCAGUUGAAAAACUUUUAGAAGCCAUAAGUGAAACUAGUACUCAGCUUGAACAUGCAAAAGUCACACAAACAGAGUUGAUGCGUGAGUCAUUUAGACAGAAACAAGAAGCGACAGAGUCCCUGAGGUGCCAAGAAGAACUGCGAGAGCGCCUUCAUGAGGAGUCCAGAGCCCGGGAACAGCUGGCUGUGGAGCUCAGCAAGGCUGAGGGUGUCAUUGAUGGCUAUGCAGAUGAAAGAACGCUUUUUGAAAAGCAGAUUCAGGAAAAAUCUGAUGUAAUAGAUCGUCUUGAGCAGGAGUUGUUAUGUGCAGGUAAUAGAUUACAAGAGUUGGAAGCAGAGCAACAGCAGAUCCAAGAAGAAAGAGAAUUACUGUGCAGACAGAAGGAGGCUAUGAAAGCAGAGGCAGGCCCAGUUGAACAACAAUUACUACAGGAAACAGAAAAGCUAAUGAAGGAAAAACUAGAAGUGCAGUGUCAAGCUGAAAAAGUACGUGAUGACCUUCAGAAACAAGUGAAAGCUCUAGAAAUAGAUGUUGAGGAACAAGUCAGUAGGUUUAUGGAGCUGGAGCAAGAAAAAAAUGCUGAAUUAAUGGACUUAAGGCAGCAAAACCAAGCACUGGAAAAGCAGUUAGAAAAAAUGAGAAAAUUUUUAGAUGAGCAAGCCAUUGAUCGAGAACAUGAGAGAGAUGUAUUUCAACAGGAGAUACAGAAACUAGAACAGCAGCUUAAAGUUAUACCUCGAUUUCAGCCUAUCAGUGAACACCAGACUAGAGAGGUUGAACAGUUAACAAAUCAUCUGAAAGAAAAAACAGACAAGUGCAGUGAACUUUUGCUGUCCAAAGAACAACUUCAGAGGGAUAUACAAGAGCGAAAUGAAGAAAUUGAGAAAUUGGAGUUCAGAGUGAGGGAGCUGGAGCAAGCCUUACUCGUUAGUGCAGACACUUUUCAAAAGGUAGAGGAUGGAAAACAGUGUGGAGCUAUAGAAGGUAAAACAGAGUUGUCCCUAGAAGUGCAAUUGCAAGCUGAGCGAGAUGCCAUAGACAGAAAGGAGAAAGAGAUUACUAACUUGGAAGAACAAUUAGAGCAGUUUAGAGAAGAACUGGAAAAUAAGAAUGAAGAAGUUCAGCAACUACAUAUGCAAUUAGAAAUACAGAAAAAGGAAUCUACUACCCGCUUACAAGAACUUGAACAAGAAAACAAAUUAUUUAAGGAUGAAAUGGAAAAAUGGGGAUUUGCCAUAAUGGGAUCUGAUGCUCUCUCUACUCAGGACCAAGAUCUUCUGUUUGGGAAAUUUGCUCCAAUAAUACAGGAAAAAGAGAGAGAAAUUGAUCAAUUAAAUGAGCAAAUUACAAAACUUCAGCAGCAACUUAAAAGUACAACAGAUAACAGGGUUGUUGAAGAAAAAAAUGAACUGAUAAGGAAUCUUGAAACCCAAAUAGAAUGCUUGUUAAGUGAUCAAGAACAAGUGAAGAAAAAUAGGGAUGAAGAAAUAGAACAGCUCAAUGAAGUGAUUGAAAAACUUCAACUAGAAUUGGCAAAUAUUGAACAGAAGAUAUUAGUAGAUGCUAAUUCCUUCCCAGAAGAUGCAGAUAGUUUAAAACAUCAGUUGGAUGUGGUAACAUCUGAAAAGCUGGCUUUGGAAAAGCAAGUAGAAACCACUAAUGAAGAAAUGACCUUCAUAAAAAAUGUACUUGAAGAAACCAAUUUUAAGAUGAAUCAACUGGCAGAAGAAUUAUGUAGCUUAAAGAGUGAACGUGAAAACAUGAGAAAAAUCGAAAGUGUACCAGAGGAAAAUAUUAACACGAUUGUAGAUGAUCCAAGCAAAGACAAAACUGAACUGGACAGUGUCCUGGCUAAGAAUACUCUUACAUCCAUAGAAAAUAAGACUUAUCUCAAAUCUUUUGAAGAAAACAAGGAAGUGUCCAUAAGCAGUUUGGAAACAAAGUUGGUACAACUUGAAAGCACCCUUAGUGCAAAGGACUUAGAACUUACCCAGUGUUAUAAACAAAUACAAGACAUGCAAGAGCAAGGGCAGUCUGAAAUGGAAAUGCUUGAAGAGAAAAUUGUAAACCUACAGAAAAUACUUGAAGAAAAAGUUGCUGCUGCUCUUGUGAGUCAAGUCCAACUUAAAGCAGUUCAGGAAUAUGCUAAGUUCUGUCAAGAUAGACCAGCAGUUUCAUCAAAACCUGAAAGGACUACCAUAAAGAAUUUAAAUGAACUAGCAGAAAAAGAGAUGGAGUCAAAUGUAUCUGCAUUAACCUUGAGAAUAACAGAAUUGGAAAGUCAGGUGGUUGAAAUGCAGGCUAGUUUGACUUUGGGAAAAAAACAAGUACAGAUUGCAGAGAAAACUGCUUUGGAGAAAGAAAAGAAGCUGCUAGAACUACAGAAGCUGUUGAUGGACAGUGAAAAAAAACCAGGAGGAGAGCCAAGGGAAAGAAGCCCUCAAGGAAGUUUUGAAAUCCUUGAGACAACUUCUGAGCUAUUUCACACCAAUGAAGAAAGUAUAUUUUUUGGUGAACUUGAGACUCUUCGAGCUGAGUCAGCAGCUACCAAAGAAGAGCUUGCCAGUUAUAAAGAAAAGGCAGAAAAACUUCAGGAAGAGCUUUUGGUAAAAGAAACAAAUGUGGCGUUUCUUCAGAAAGACUUAAAUCAAGUUAGGGAUCAACUUGCAGAGGCAAGAGAGAAAUUAUCCUGCUUCUUAGAAAAAGAAGAUCAGACAGAGGAACAAGAAAACAGAAAGGUCUACAACUUAAAGCCACUUUCUAUGAAAGUGGGUAAAAGCUCUGCGUCCCAGACAGAUGAGACACUCAAGAUCAAUAGCAGCGAUCAGACUCCACAAAUUCUUGUUAGAAAUGCAGGAAUCCAAAUUGAUUUACAGAAUGAAUGUUUGUCAGAAGAAGUCGCUGAAAUAAUCAGUCAGUUUACUGAAAAAAUUGAGCAGAUGCAAGAGCUACAUGCUGCUGAAAUUUUGGAUAUGGAGUCCAGACAUAUUUCAGAAACUGAAACCUUAAAAAGGGAACAUUAUGUUGCUGUUCAGUUACUGACAGAGGAAUGCAAUACCUUGAAGGCAGUGAUACAGUGUCUGAGAGCUAAAGAGGGAUCCUCAAUUCCUGAAUCAACACAUUCUGAUUCUUACCAAAAUAGAGAAAUAUGUUCCAGUGAUUCUGGAUCAGACUGGGGUCAGGGGAUUUAUCUUACACAGAGUCAAGGAUUUGACCCAGGGGCAGAAGGUCAAGGAGAAGAAGGUGAAAGUUCAACAGAUUCAUUUCCAAAGAAAAUAAAGGGAUUACUGAGAGCUGUUCAUAGUGAGGGUAUGCAGGUACUCUCUCUCACCGAAUCUCCGUACAGUGAUGGAGAGGACCAUUCUGUUCAGCAAGUUUCAGAAUCUUGGCUAGAAGAGAGAAGAGCUUACCUCAGUACAAUUUCAUCUCUUAAGGAUUUAAUUACCAAAAUGCAGGUGCAAGGAGAAGCCAAGGAUUAUAAUAGUUCUCAGUCCCAUGAGAGCUUCUCAGACUGGCGCGGUGAACUUCUGAUCGCCCUUCAGCAGGUUUUCUUACAGGAGCGCAGUGUCUUACUAGCUGCGUUUCAGACUGAGCUGACGGUUCUCGGUACUAGAGAUGCACUUGGAUUAUUAAACUGUUUGGAACAGCGAUUACAAGAGCAGGGUCUUGAAUAUCGAGCAGCUAUGGAGUGCCUUCAGAAAGCAGAUAGAAGGAGUUUGUUAUCUGAAAUUCAGGCCCUACAUGCGCAGAUGAAUGACAGGAAAGUGACUCUGAAAGGAGAGCUAGAGAGUGAGCCACCAGGCCAAGAACUGGAAUAUAAUGUGCAGCAGAAGCAGUCUCAAAUGCUGGAGAUGCAAGUGGAACUCAGCAGUGUGAAGGACAGAGCAACAGAACUGCAGGAACAGCUGAGUUCUGAGAAGAUGGUGGUUGCUGAACUGAAGAGUGAACUUGCACAAACUAAAUUGGAACUUGAAACAACACUCAAGGCACAGCAUAAGCACCUAAAGGAAUUAGAAGCAUUCAGGUUGGAAGUUAAAGAAAAAACAGAUGAAGUACAUUUGCUUAAUGAUACAUUAGCAAGUGAACAGAAAAAAUCAAGAGAGCUCCAGUGGGCUUUGGAGAAAGAGAAAGCCAAAUUGGGACGCAGUGAAGAACGGGAUAAAGAAGAACUUGAGGAUCUAAAAUUUUCACUUGAGGGUCAGAAACAAAAGAAUAUUCAGCUGAAUCUACUUUUGGAACAACAGAAACAACUGCUAAAUGAGUCACAGCAGAAAAUAGAGUCACAGAGAGUGCUAUAUGAUACCCAAUUAUCAGAAGAACAGAGUCGAAACUUAGAGCUUCAAGUACUUCUUGAAUCUGAGAAAGUUCGAAUUCAGGAAAUGAGAAGCACCUUGGAUAGGGAACGAGAAUUGCAUGCACAGCUACAGAACAAUAAUGAAAACGGGCAGCCUCGGCCAGUAUCCUCUGAGGACUUACUUAAAGAACUACAGAAACAAUUAGAGGAAAAACACAGCCGCAUAGUAGAAUUAUUAAACGAGACUGAGAAAUACAAACUGGAUUCUUUGCAAACAAGACAGCAAAUGGAAAAGGAUAGGCAGGUUCAUAGGAAGACUUUGCAGACGGAACAAGAGGCUAACACUGAGGGACAGAAGAAAAUGCAUGAGCUUCAGUCCAAAGUGGAAGAUCUUCAGCGACAGCUGGAAGAGAAGAGGCAACAAGUGUAUAAGUUAGACCUUGAAGGAAAGCGACUACAAGGGAUUAUGCAGGAAUUCCAGAAGCAAGAGCUAGAACGAGAAGAAAAACGAGAAAGUAGAAGAAUUUUAUAUCAGAACCUUAAUGAGCCAACCACAUGGAGUUUAACCAGUGAUCGAACUAGAAAUUGGGUUCUUCAGCAGAAAAUAGAAGGAGAAACAAAGGACUCAGGCUAUCCUAAGCUAAUUGAAAUGAAUGGAGGAGGAAUUGCCUAUAAUCAUGAAUUAGAAAUGAUCAGAGAAAAGCUUCAAUGUAUGGCUUCAAAGCUAGAGCAUCUAGCUCAGAAAACUUCUAACAGACUACCAUUUGAAACAGCAGAUGAUGAAGAUUUCAUUUGGAUUCAGGGAAAUAUUGAUGGAAUUAUUUUACAACUACGAAAACUAAUUGACCAGCCAGUUGAAGAGCCUAGUUUAGUCUCUCCAAAUACAACCUGUGGUUCAUUGACUGAAAGACUGCUGAGACAAAAUGCUGAGUUGACAGGACAUAUCAGCCAACUGACUGAAGAAAAGAAUGAUUUAAGGAACAUGGUUAUGAAGCUAGAAGAGCAGAUCAAGUGGUAUCGACAGACAGGAGCUGGUAGAGAUUACUCUUCUAGGUUUUCAUUCAGUGAUGGUGCCAACAUCGAUACCAUUAUUGCUUCUGAAAAAGAAAUCUGGAACAGAGAAAAGUUGAGUCUCCAAAAAUCCUUGAAGAGAGCAGAAGCUGAAGUCUGUAAACUGAAGGCUGAACUGAGAAAUGAAGCUUUGCUUCAAAAUCUGAGUCCUGACUCUGAGCAUUCCACUUUAAAGAGAAUUUACGGUAAAUACCUGAGGGCAGAAAGUUUCCGGAAAGCUCUGAUUUAUCAGAAGAAAUACCUGUUGCUGUUACUGGGUGGAUUCCAAGAAUGUGAAGAUGCCACCCUGGCCUUGCUUGCCCGAAUGGGAGGGCAGCCAGCCUUCACAGACCUAGAGGUUAUCACCAACCGUCCGAAAGGCUUCACCAGGUUCCGGUCUGCUGUCAGAGUGUCUAUUGCAAUUUCAAGAAUGAAAUUUUUGGUUCGACGAUGGCAUCGAGUCACAGGUUCUGGUUCCAUCAAUAUUAACAGAGAUGGCUUUGGACUGAAUCCAGGUGCUGAAAAGACUGAUCCAUUCUAUCAUUCUUCCGGUGGGCUGGAGCUGUAUGGAGAACCAAGACACACUACAUAUCGUGCAAGAUCGGAUCUGGACUAUCCCAGAUCUCCUUUACCAUUUCAGAAUAGGUACCCAGGCCUUCCAGCUGAUUUAAAUCCUGGUUCCCUAGCAUGUUCUCAGCUACAGAAUUAUGAUCCUGACAGAGCCCUAACAGAUUAUAUCACUCGACUAGAGGCACUGCAAAGGCGCCUGGGAACUGUACAGUCAGGUUCAACAACUCAGUUUCAUGCUGGCAUGAGAAGAUAAUCCUUUGACAUCAUCAAUCAAAGUGAUUUUAAACAAAUUCUCUUUUGUAAAUCAGUGGUUCUUUUGUGCUUUUUUAUCGUGAAUAUUCAGUGGGACCAAUAGGAACACAGCUUAUGAUUGUACGCAGAUGCCUUGCCAGCCCAUGAAAACAUACUGGAAUUUGUAUAUAUAAGCAUUGUGUAUGUACUCAUGCACAAUCCUCAUUUAAUUACCUGUAUAUUUGUGGAAUGCUAAUUUAAAUGAUUAAGUUAUCAAACCUUGUGUAUUUAUCAAAUGGGUGGGAAGAUUAAACUU